CUGUCACUUUCUGGGAGCUUUGCAAGAUGGAUUUGCCAGUGAAAAACACACAUUAUUUUUGGGCAUUUUUGUUCCUUUAUUUGAUAGAGGACAGUUGAUGGAGUCAAACACAGGGACAAAAGUGGGGGAGAGGCAUGCAGUAAGGGGCCCUUAGGCCGGAUUUGAACCCUGGCCGUCUGCGUACGUGGGGUGCGCCUUAAACCUCAAGGCCACCUGCGCCCCCUGUUUUUGUUUUUUUUUAAAGGUGCAUUUGUUUAAAAAAAAAAAUAGCACGUCAUACAGAAACCCUUGAGGAGAGAUGAUGGGAUUGGGUUGAAAAUAUGCAAUGACUUUGAGGACUUUGAUGUGAUUAUGUUGACUGUUGUCAUUGGCUCAUGGAUGUUGAUAAUGAUGUUGCAAUUUAUGUUUUAAUGAUUGUGAGCAUUCCUGUCAGCGCGUGUGAACUUCAGUAAAGCUGUCGAAAGGUUAAUUAUUCAUUAACAAACAUGUUGGAUAACAGCUUCAGAGCUGCGGGACAGUAAAAACUACUGUGCUGUGUUUAUGACCACUAAAGGUAUAAUAAGAAGCAGACUUCAGAGAGGAGGAGCGAUCGGCAGAGCAUAUAUAUCCAAAGACAUAUUGAGAUAGAAAAGUACAGAAUAGCGGAGUAAGAAGCUCAAAGAAUUCAUAGAUAGAAAAGAAAAGAAGAUCUUUAACCAGAUAAAAAGUCUGUUCUUACAGCAGUGAUUAGAUUACAUAACGCUAGAAGAAAAGUGGAGGAGUAUACUUGUACUGCUCUAUAACAGCAGAGAAAAGUUCAGGGCCACUUUAGAAAGCCAAAGUGUGUUGAAAUGCUCUUCAAGGUUGUCUCAGCUGUUUUUUUGCCCCUCUGGGUCUGUUCUUAUGUGGUCAGCUCAGCUGAGGAUCCGUUGCUGACCAGAGCUCUGAAACUGAUGUCUGAGACCCCUCUCAUCGAUGGACAUAAUGACUUGCCUUGGCAACUUCGAAAGCAAUUCAACAACCAGCUAAACAACGUGGAUCUUGACAAGCUGAACACAACACACACCAACAUCGAAAAGAUCAAAGAAGGACGGCUGGGAGCACAGUUCUGGUCAGCAUACGUCCCCUGUGAAACUCAGUAUAAAGAUGCAGUCAGACAAACACUGGAGCAGAUCGAUGUUGUUCACAGAAUGUGUCAAAAAUACCCAGAAGACUUCAUGUUUGCCACCAGUAGUGAAGAUAUCAUGACGGCCUUCAAGAUGAACAAGACAGCCAGUUUGAUUGGGGUGGAGGGGGGUCACUCCAUUGACAGCAGUCUGGGCACCCUGCGCAUCAUGUACCACAUGGGAGUCCGCUACCUCACGCUUACGCACUCCUGUAACACACCCUGGGCGGAUAACUGGCUCGUGGAUGAAGGAUCAGAUCCAUCAGAACACAACGGUCUGUCUCCAUUUGGCAAGCAACUCAUUAAGGAAAUGAACCGUCUGGGGAUGCUGAUCGACCUCGCUCAUGUGACUGUAAAAGUGAUGACCCAGGUGUUGGACAUGUCCAAGGCUCCAGUCAUCUUCAGCCACUCCUCUGCCUACACCAUCUGUAAGCACAAGAGGAACGUCCCGGAUGACAUCCUCAAGAUAGUGAAAGAAAAACAAGGAAUCGUUAUGGUGAACUUCUACAACGACUAUGUGACCUGCAGCAAGAGGGCUAACAUCUCUGAUGUCGCUGAUCACUUUGACCACAUCAAGAAAGUGGGCGGGGCAGACAUUGUUGGCUUUGGUGGAGAUUAUGAUGGUGUUACCAGAGUGCCAGAGGGUCUCGAGGACGUGUCCAAGGUACCCAAAGUGGUGGCUGAACUGCUGAGGAGAGGCUGGACUGAUGGAGAGGUGAAAGCUGCUCUGGGAGAAAACCUGCUCCGUGUCAUGAGAGAGGCUGAGAAGGUACGUGACGAUCUGAAAGGCUCGCCACCAGAUGACGUCCCGAUUCCAUAUGAAGAGGUGGAGAACACCUGCAGGACGAGCUACGGGUAUGACAUCUCAGGAGCUGUCCAUCCACUCAGCUCACUGGCCGUCCUGCUCGCACUGGCUCUCCAAGCUUUUAUCACUUUAAUGAUUUAAUUAUUAUCAUUAUUUUUAUUAUUUGGAUUGGACAGAUGGUUUGUUUAUAUAAAGAUUGUCUAUUAACUUUAAUUAGAUGAGAAAACCUUUUUGUUGGUGAUUUAUAUAGACAAUAAAAUAUACUCUCUGAUCACUUUAUUAGGUACACCUGCUCCUCAUUCAGGUAUCUGAUCAGCCAAUCACAUGGCAGCAACCAGUGCAUGGUCAAGACGAUGUGUUAUGGUACAAUAGAAGUUACCUUUCUCAUUCUGAUGUUAUGUGAGUAUCUGAUUAGAUAUCUUUGUCAAUGUGCAGCUGAACAGAUGUACUUAAUAAAGUGAUCACUGAGUGUAGGUUUAUUCCCUUGUUACUGGUUUUAACAGCUCAUUCUUACCAGUUUAUAAAUAUUUCCUUCAGCUUUAAACCCUUUCAACAGUGACAGUCACAAUAAAAGACGAUAUUACUACAUCA